AUGGCAGCUUCUUCAUACCCUUUGCAAAGUGGUAAAGUAUCUUCUACACAACAUUCCAGGUUCUCUAGUCCCCUACAAGUUAUGCUUGGAUCUAAUGUUGAUCAUCAAAUGUAUUGUCAUCAUUUAUGCGGCCUUAGAAAUUUUGAUGUUAUAGAUGGAAUUAGUACUCCUUAUGCCAUAGGUUUGAUUAAAGCAUUUGGUUUUUUGGAGUCCAAGUGGGAGCAGCUGUGUGAUGAUCUUGAUUGUGGUUAUCCAAGUUAUGAAAUUUCUGAUUUGGAAAUGAGAGAAGGUGUAAUCAACACACUUGAUGCAGUACUGCCAAAAAUUUAA